AUGACACAGGGUUCUCCUGAAGACGCCAUGCCAUGGGUGGGAGUGUAUAUUUCAGUAGCAUCUCUGGUUUGCACUCUAGCAAUGGCAGCUGAUGUCUUCCAAGGCUUUCGACAACGGAAGCUCUGGUUUCCAUGCAGACUUUUUACCAUCAAUUCUGUUUCCAUUACACUGAUAGCAAUAUCAACGAAGCUAACAGUGGAUCUUAGCAACGACAUAUCGCGCAAUCUUGAGAUUAUUCUAGCAAAGAGUGUCAGCAUCAUGUUCUUGGCUACCAUGUUAGCCAACUUUCUCCCAUCUUUAGGGCUUAUGAAUGACAAGGAACUUCUGCUGAAUACCAUGGCCUUGUGUAUCCUCUUAUACACCAUUCAUGUUAAAAUGUGGAUCCAAUUUAUUACUGCUUGGGUGAAUUUGGCAGCAUUGUUCAUUUUAUUGAUUCUUUUAAUUCCAUGGCCAAUUUCGGUAGCUUUGACAGUUUCAGCAUCUAGAAGACUUUUACAACAACGUUACAAGGAGUUGCACAGUUUGGCUUCUAAUCAUCAACAGAUAAACUUCUCCAACAAGCUACUCAUUUGUUAUGUUAAAAAGUAUUGGAUGAUGGCGGACACUGGUAACCCCCAAUUUGCAAUUGCUUGUUCCCCUGUUUCUUCUGUUUUUGGCGUUAUAUGCUCACUCCUUGCAUUCAUUUCACUUGGUGUUUUGGUUUUUAAUAUACAAGGUGACGUACAUAAUGAGAAAUCUAAUUAUAAAUGGUCAAUCCACGUGAUUAUUCCCUUGCAACUAAGUGGGACAUUAGUUGGUAGUAUAGCACCAAUUUUCAGAUGUUUGACUAUCACAAGUCACUUCAACCUCUCCAUGAAAUGGAGCAUGCAUCAUCUAAACGUGUUCCAUGUUGAGAAGCAUUGGAUUCAAAGGCUUCAGCAUUGGAAACACAGCCAUGUCCCUUCAUAUCUCCCAGGCCGCCAUCGCAAGAAAGUUUUCCGCAACAUCAGAAACAUAAUUUUGAACUUUUGUAUAUCUUCUUUGAAAAAGUUUAAGGGAGAACCAAAUACAUCUAGCAGCAAUGCCAUAUCCAAUGUGGAAGAAUAUACCGGUUAUGUCCUGCAAAUCGAACAGGAUGCGAAGCUUUCAAAAAGAAUAUUACGAAAUGCCCUCAGCUCUAUAACUCGACUUCUUCAAGAGUCUGAAAAGAAAGAGCCAAGGAAUCUUAUGAUUCUUCUUGAGAAAUCUACUGGAUUCAAUGGAGUAAUAGAGUUCGACAGUGAUCAAGUUCCACCUUUACAUCCAGAAGAAACCCAAAACUGCUGGAGCCUAGUAGCAGUAACAUUAACAGCCAUUGUGCUUUCUCUUCCUAACAUUGUAAACAGCUACAUCAAGGGUUUGCUUGACAGCAUGAGUGAAGGUCUCGAAUUUGUAAGACAUAUUGAAGAAAGCCUCAAUAUAAAUGGUGAGUUGUUAAAGGCAAGAAAAGCAGCUACACAUGUGUGGACAGAUAUCGAAGUCUGCUGCAAGUGGCUUCAAAUUGAUCUUCAAAAGAAGGCUCGUAAAGGAAAAACAUCGAAGGAGAUUCUUCAAUGGUUGGGUGAUGAAGCAGAAAAAAUUGUGAUACAGUUCAAGACAACGAAAAAUGUAAGUCUGGAUCACUCACGUUGUAAGUUCAUUGCUGCAAGUUAUCUUCUAUGUGCUUGCUUUACCAACUUGCCACGUGUCAUAAUUCUGAAGUGUCAUGACAAUGCAAUAGAGAAAAGGGAAGAUAACAUCAGAACUGCAGCUCAGCUUCUUGGCAUAUCCAAAAAAACCUUGAAAAUUCUCAAAGCACGCCAACUUCCCAACUUAGACAUGGAAUCGAUGGGGUACAUUGAUAAGUGGCAUGCAAUACCAAAGAGUCAGAUACCCAAUGGUUGUUCUUCGGCCAGGAUUCAUUCAGCUUCUUCAAGAUCUAAUGAAACUUUUGGUUUAGCAUAUCUAAAAUUAAGUCAUCUUCAGUUCGGUACUUGUUACCAAUCUCAUUUAGUGUGA